GUAACAUGUCCCUCAGAAGAAAUGAUUAUGGUGUCCAAGGCAAUCAGGUACAGGCAUGUUUGCCAUCAACAGUGUUUCCUACGUCAUCGAUUAUGUAGCUUCUGAUUCGUAAACCACCUGUGUGUAAUCCAACAAAAAGAAUUGUUUUUAAUGCGUACCUGUUACCAUAGCAGUCUGUGCAUGCUGCAUUACUGAAUGUGCAACGGUGGUAAUGGACAAACUCCUGACUGACUUUUGAUCUUGGCAAUUCAGGGUAUGGAGAGGUUAUCAUCUGUUUGGGCAGAGCUACAGAAAACCAACAAACUACCCUCAAGUUCUUUAAUGUCCACCUGCCAGACAGAGCUGCACGAACUGAUGUACCAGCUGGACAUAAUGUUUUCAUCCAAAAAACAGGAGUGGCUGCAGGAAGUGGAGGAUUUGCAGGUCCAGCUGCAUUCGAAGGAUCGAGAAAUACGUUCUCAACGUACUGAAUUAGAAAUCAAGACAAGGGAGAUUGAAGACAUGAAAAAUCAGUUGGAGGGAGUAAACAAGACUCAGAAAGCCAUUGUGAGCGAAUAUGAAGAACAACUGUCAAAACUGCAAGGAGAGGUUCAAAAAGUACAAAAAGAAUAUGAGAAACUGUACAAACAACAUCAACGCUACCGCAGAGAUCUGCAGCGUAAAAAAACCCAAGUGCUAGAAGAGAAGAAGGAAAGCAUGGAGGAACUCAGCAGUAUGAAAGAGAAGUUAGCGGAAUACGAGUCAAAAGAGGUUGAAUGGAAACUUCAGAGUAAAAACCAUCAGCAAGAGAUUGAGAUGCUGGAGGCCCAGAAGAGAACAUUGUUAGAAAAAUGUGAACUUAUCAAGCAACAGGCACAGACAUACCAGGCCCAGAUAGGCCGGCGGCGGGAGAUGCAACAUUCUUCAGAAGACAGUUUGAAAUCUCAGAUUGUGCAGUUAGAGUUGAAGGUUGAAAGUGCAACGCAGACACUUGCCACUCAGAAGGAAAAGAUUGAGAAGCUGAAGCAUUCUCUAGAAACUACAAUGGCCAGUCACAAACAGACAAUGUCCGAUAAUGAGAAGCUGCUGGAUGAUCUUCAAAAGGCAAAUGAGACAAUCCAAAUGCUAGAAGAGAGGAUAGUUCAGCUGGAAAGAGAAUGCCGCACAAAAUCAGAGUUACUUGCAGUCGCCCAGGAAGAUCUUCACCAAUACUCAACAGACUUGACACGGAUGGAAAAAACAAUGGAUGCUAAAGACAGUGUCAUCAAGCAGUUGGGUGAUACGCUGGAUCAUGAGGAAUCAGAAAAAGUAAAGAAACUGAAGGACGCUUUGCAGAGUGCCCGAGAUGACUUAAACUUCUGGUUUUAUCAAAUGAAGAAGUGGGGCCCAGAAUACGACCACAUUUCCAAGCAAAACAUGAUGCAAAUGGAACAGAAAUUAUCAGCCAGUUCUAACCAGCUGGACUUCGUGAAGCAAGAACAGGAAUCUGUGAGACAGAGAUUAAAGGACAAGGAAAAGGAACUUAAUCACACCCAGAAUACAGAAGUGCAGCAGCUACGUACUGAAAUAAAACAGCUGCAGGACAAGCUGAAUGUCGUCAGUGAGUCACAUCGUGUUGAAAUAGGAUCCUUGCAGAAGAUACUUGCUGAACUGACCGUAGAGCUGAACCAGAGUAAUAAAGCGAUCACUGUAAUGGGUGACAGAUCCUCGGAACUGGAGAGAAGCGUGCAAGAAGAGAUCAAAAUGCGGGAGAAAAAAGUAGCAGAGUUAAAGGUUGCACAGCUUCUGGUUGAAGCCCUACGGGCCGAAAACCAUCACUUACGCCAAGAGCUUCUACAUUCUUUUCCAUCCAAUGAAAAUGCAGUUAACCAGCACACGCUUACAGACCUCCAGGAGCAGAAUCUGAAGAUGCAGUGUGAACUUAGUGCUCUGCGUAACAGCAUAGGGGAUAUUGAAUUCUUUGUUCGCCGCCAGCGUAAUUCUGCUACAGAAUUGAACAACAGUUCAUUUACUGGUCAAUCUGACACACUACGGGAGAAGCACCCAGGGACAGAGGAGUUCGAGUUCUUAGAGACUGGCAUUAAGCAGUGCAAUGACCAGCUGCAGUUCCUGGAAGCCCAGAAAGCUCGGCUAGAAGCCCACAAUGGGUCAGAGCUCUCGCAUAAGUCUCUGCAUAGCAGCAGAAGAAAACCGUCUGAAGGAGGCUCGUGCUCGGACUAUGCAGACUCAUCUUGAUGACAGUCAGGCAACGAUCCUGGGAUCAAAGGCUAUGUCCAUAGCGAGUGAUCAGCAGAACUCGCAGGUGGAGAGACUACAGCUCAGCAUCGGUAGUUCUGAUGAAGAGUUUGCUGACACAAUAGAAGAUAUUGCCAAUGCCUUCUAUGAUCAGGAGACUCAGAGAGCUCAAAAGCUGGAGGAGCUUCUGGACAGACACAUUGAUACUUUUCAACAGACUUUGUAGUCUUUGUAGUCUGACUACAUUGUACAUUGAUAUUUAAUCUUCUUUUUUUUUCUUCUUCUGUUGGUGAUGCUACUGCAUUUGCUGUUGUUAAUUUUUUUUUUCUCAAAUGUGUGUGAAAGCAAUAUUUGUGUAGGCAUACAUUAGAAAAGUGAAUAACCUAUCCAAGACUAAACCUGAUCUGCUCAAAUAAUAUGCCAUGAAUGAUUGUGUGCUUGGUUUUCUUCAUGUAAAGAGGACAUUAUUUUUCAAAACUGUGAUAAGUUAAAAGGACAGGAGAGUCUUGUUAAAUACUACAUCUGGAGUCAGUAUGGGCUGCAAGGGAAAGGUCUAUGAUGGCAUAAAACUGUCUACCAUUGCACCAUUCUUUGUAACCUGUUAUCUUGGAAAUUAAAUCUCAUCUUUUUGCUGGCCAAAGGUCUUAAUACUGUUUCUCUUAUCUUUGCAUUACACCUGUUUUCUUUUAAAUAUUAAAAAAAAAAAAAAUUCUUAAGAGCUUUCACCUUCUCUCAUAAUAUGCAUGUAGGGAAACUUUCUCAUCUUCUGUUUUACAUAACAGCAUGCCAUUCUGAUUGUACUAAAUUAUAGUAUCCAAUUAUUCUGUGGUACACACAACAGGGAUCCCAGAGAUCCACAGUAAAAGAGUCGCAGCAUUUUGGGGCAUGAUACGGGAACAAGAUACUUAUAUUUCUUUUUUAGUGUUUGUAACAUUGGUGUACUCGGUUUGAUUUUCAGCAUGGCAUCAUUAUGCUGAUUGUUCUUUGGUAAACUGCUUUUGUUCCCA